GUCUAUGGGAGUCUCCCAUGUGACGGCAUCCCCUUGUUGAGCCCCAUGGUGGGUGGGGUCACUAGGAGCUGAAUUGUUUUGUCUAAUAUGGAUUCCAAAAAUUUAAAACUAAACAGGGAUAAGUUACCUCCAGUAACAACCAACAUUUCCAUCACUGCAACCUACUUGAUAGUUCAUGCGACUGAUGUCAAAAUGCUCUCCAUUUCUUAUUCAAAAAAUAUUUGAAUCAACCAUUGGGCACUUGAAAAAGAUACAAAAAUUGAGGUCAGGGGACCUGCUGGUAGAAACAGCCUCACCUCAACAAACAGUAAAUCUAUUGGCAACAAAAACACUUGGAGACAUGGAAGUCACUGUCACCCCACACGGAAGUCUAAACUCAUCACGUGGGGUGAUAUCCGAGAUUGAUCUGAUGUCUGAAGAUGAAUCAGAUAUACAGAUCAGUCUUUCAGAUCAAGGAGUCAUUGCUGUCUGACACAUCUCCAUUUGUCGAGAUGGCAAGUUGAUACCAACUAAACAUCUCAUUCUUACUUUCGGAAAGCCAACAUUACCAUCAUUUGUUACUGCAGGAUAUCUGCGCUGUCUGGUUCUUUUUUACAUUCCAAAUCCGUUGCGUUGCUUUAAAUGCCAGUGAUUUGGACAUUCCUAAACAUGUCGAGGCAAAAGUUUAUGUGCACAGUGUGGAGUUGAAGGCCACCAGGGUACUGAGUGUACAACCACUCCAUGCUGUGUCAACUGCAAAGAGGUCCAUCCUGCCUACUCCUGAAAAUGUCCCACGUGGCAAACAGAAAAAGAGAUUCAGCGGGUAAAGACGGUGAAUAAUAUACCUUACCCAGAGGCACGACGCAUGGUCACUUUAAAUGCACAAGUGAAACAGAAGACAUUUGCUGCUGUUCUGAAAUCCACAAAGACAUGUGGAGUUCAGACAGACAUUUCUAUUUCACCAAAUGAAUCUCUAACUCGCCAUGAAAAAUGUUUGCUUAUACCAUCUACACAUACAGCAGAAAAGGAGAGCAAGAAGAACAAAACACCCCUACCUAAAACAGGGGUAAUAACAAGAAACGUGGGUUCUAAGAAGGCUGCUAAGAACCCGCUCAACAAACAAAAAUUAAAAGCAGCCAUCUCCAAAUCUAAGAGAUCAGAGGCUCAGUCUAUGAGUGAGUUCUCUGACUUCUCUGACGAGGAGACUAAUAAGGAGGUGACACCACCAACUUCACCUCCAAAAGGCAAAUCAGCCGUAAAACUAAAGAGGGAUACCUUCACAAAGAAUGCUGCCUCAAACACAUAAUGGAUUAUAAAAUAAUCCAAUGGAACUGUCGUGGUUUCCGCAACAACUUCUCUGACAUUAAACACUUGACAUCAUCUACCUCAUCUCUCUGCGUGGCACUCCAGGAAACCCAUCUGAAACCUGGAGAAAGAAUUACUUUAAAAGGAUUCAAUCUCUACCGCAAGGAUGAUGAUAGCCACAACCGUGCCAGUGGAGGUGUGGCUAUUCUGGUUUCCAAUCACUUCCCAUCCUUGCUGGUACAAAUAACAACUGAUCUGCAAGCUGUGGCAGUCAGAAUUUCUAUUGGAGUAACUGUCACAGUUUGUUCUAUAUACUUGCCACCAGAUGUCAGAGUCAAUGAGAAUGAACUGGAUGCCUUGGUUGAACAGCUGCCAACACCAUUCCUUUUACUUGGUGAUUUUAAUGGCCACAAUCCUAUGUGGGGCAGUCCCGACAUCAAUCGUCGAGGCAGAGCCAUUGAGAGAUUUAUAGGUAAUCAUCAACUGUAUCUAUUUAAUACUGGAGAAGUGACAUACUUCCAUGCCCCAUCAAGAACGUUCACUGCCAUUGAUCUAUCAUUAGCAACUCCGAAUCUGUUUUCAGCAUUUACAUGGGAGGUUGGAUCUAAUCCACUCUCUAGUGACCACUUCCCAAUAUUUCUAAAAUACCGAGGCAGAGAAAGCUGUGAAACAGCCCGUCCACCACGCUGGAAACUGGAAACGGCAGAUUGGCCUGCAUUUUCCUCUUUGGCUAACAUCACUGAGGAAAUGGUCAAUACUGCUGAUAUCAAUGAUGCAGUUGAAGUUGUCACUUUGUGUAUUAUUCAGGCAGCUGAGAAAACAAUGGGAAAGACAUCAACAAGAUACCCAAAGCAUCCGAAACCAUGGUGGAACCAGAAUUGCGAGGCAGCAUUUAAAGCACAAAAGAAAGCUUGGGGGAUUUUCAGAAGGUACCCCACUACAAACAAUUUGAUUGCUUUCCAAAAAGCAAAGGCAAAUGCCAGAAGAACAAGAAGGCAAAGCCAAAGGGAUUCUUGGAGGAAGUACGUUUCUAGCAUAACAUCAUGUGCCAUUCACCAGCUUAGAACUACAUACAGCGAUCUCUCGGGGAAUAGUGCUGUAGGUCCGGAUAAAAUCCACUACAGCAUGAUUAAAAAUCUGUCAAACAAUUCCCUUUCUAAUCUCCUGUGUCUGUUUAACAGAAUAUGGACAGAACAUACUUUUCCUGACUCUUGGAGGCUAUCUAUCAUUAUUCCCAUUCCCAAGCCUGGUAAAGAUCACAUGAAUCCCUCUAAUUACAGACCAAUCUCUCUGACAAGUUGCCUGUGUAAACUCUUUGAGAGGAUGGUAAACAGACGUCUGAUGUAUCUCUUAGAGAAAAAUGAAUACUUUUCACCACAUCAGAGUAGUUUUCGUAGGAACAGAAGUACCACUGAUAACUUAGUAAACCUUGAAACAUCUAUACGCGAAGCGUUUGUUAGACAACAGCACCUAGUGUCUGUAUUUUUCGAUAUAGAGAAGGCCUAUGAUCACUGUUGGCGAUACGGGAUACUCCGUGAUCUGUACGAAUACGGGUUGCGGGGUAAUUUGCCAAUUUUUAUAAAAAACUUCCUACAGAAUCGAAGAUUCUAUGUCAGGAUGGGCAACACCUUAUCUAGGCUCUUCACACAAGAAGAAAGUGUUCCUCAAGGUUCUAUUUUGAGUGUGACUCUGUUCCUAAUUAAAAUUAAUAGCAUAGCUAACUGUCUUCCCCCUAGUGUGAAACACUCUUUGUAUGUGGAUGACUUUCAGAUCUCUUGUCAGUCUAGCAACAUGAGCUUUAUCGAGAGACAACUGCAAACCUCCCUAAAUCGCAUAGACCAUUGAUCAAAGAUUAAUGGUUUUAGUUUCAACAUAGAGAAGACCUCGUGCAUCCACUUUUGCCAAAGGCGUGGUUUGCACUCUGAUCCUGAAAUUUACCUAAAUGGGUUUAAAAUCCCAAUGGUCAAUGAGACGAAGUUCUUGGGAGUCAUAUUUGAUUCCAAACUGACGUUUUUACCGCACUUGCACUAUUUGAAGAGUAGAUGUUUAAAAUCCUUGAACCUUUUAAAGGUACUGUGCUGCUUAUCCUGGGGAGCAGACAAAGUUUCUAUGCUCAGGAUUUACAGGGCCCUUGUCCGCUCAAAGCUGGAUUACGGAUGCAUUGUUUAUGGCUCUGCGCGAGAAUCUACUCUUCGGAUGCUGGAUCCAAUCCACCAUCAAGCAUUACGUUUGUGCACUGGUGCAUUUCAAACUUCUCCUGUCCAAAGUUUGUAUGUGGAUGCUUAUGAGCCUCCACUAUCUCUCAGGAGAGAACAGUUGUCUCUUUUCUAUUAUAUAAAACAGAAAUCGCAUACUAAACCUUCAGUUGAUUGUACAGUAUCAGAUACUCAGCUGAAAAGGUUAUUUGAAGCUCGGAGAAGUAGUGUCCCCACAUUCAUCAUAAGAAUGGAGAAUGUAAGCAGCACAAUUGACCUUAACACAUGCAACAUCUCACAGGUUGAGGUUAAUAGUAUUCCACCUUGGUCAAUUCCAGCGAUAGAUGUUGAUUUAAGCUUAAAGCAGUUCCCCAAAGAAACCACGCCAGACUGCGUCUAUAGACAGCACUUCGCACAAAUUCAACAUUGUGACAGGAAUUUAAUCCCUAUUUAUACAGAUGGAUCGAAGUCGGAUAACUACGUUGGCCUAGCCUUUGUUUGCCAAAAUGAAAUUGUGUAUCGAGAAGAACGAUUUCGUACAACAAGUGAAAGUACCAGCCAAAGAGUUCUGUGGUGGUCAAUCUUCCAAACAAUAAUUCUUAUUUUGAUGGGAUUGUGGCAGAUGAGGCAUUUGAAAAGUUUCUUUGAAGCAAAGAAACUUGUAUAA